AUGGGCACGGUAAAGAAGCGGUUGAGUCAGCUGCUGCAGUCGUCGAAGAAGUCGCAGCCGCAGCAGCCGCAGCCGCAGUUGCGCAAGACGAGUCUGUUCCGAUACGAUGCCGUUGAGGCGCGGAUCCAGGGCGCCUCUGGGACGACGACGAACCUGCUAGCCCGGGGGCCCCUCGAGGUAUAUGAGGUGAGCAACGGGUCCGCAGAGCAAAGCUUACUACUUUGCCGUCGGGCGACAGGGCGAGCUGAUCCAUGCGGUGCUGCCCCGGUUGCGCGUCGAGAGGGAGCUCUGCGGGCGGGUCGUGUUGCUGGGGUGCUGUUCUCGAGCCCUCGAAGGGUCUGGGAGAUCGAGUUUGCCCCAAGUGAUGCAAUUGAGCGGGUCGUGGCCGCGUUGGACGGCGUUAUGGCACGGGUGUGCCGGUACCAAGUCAGUGAGACGGUCCCGCAGGACGGCACCGAGGAGCUGGACUAUUUGCUAGAGGAGGAAGGAGACGAGGUGCCCUCCCUAGAGAUCCCUGGAGGUCAAGCAAGCUCCGACACGAUCAACGAACGGUUCCGGCUGGCAAUGAGCAUCCGGGGCACUCUGCCCAAGAUACGACGCUCGAGCACAUACUUUGGUGAGUGGUGUUCCAGCAGCGGUGGCGUGCUAUCGGAUUGCGAGGACACGUUGGUGUCUCUCGUGUAG